AUGUGGUACCACAUUUCGGAUGCGAGCGAAUAUCUCGUCGUCACUGGUGCUGGCGUCGAGGAUGUCCGAAUUGUGAAGAAAGCCUUCGUUUAUCCAUGGCAACGGGUCGCCCGCAUUUCCGUUUCCCCCUUUGAUUUUUCUCUCAACCUCCAGGCCAUGACCAUUGAGAAGCUGCAGUUUGCUCUUCCGGCGGUAUUCACUAUCGGUCCCGACAAUAAGCCUGAAGCUUUAAAGAAAUAUGCCCUCCUUUUGAGUGGAAAUCCCGAUGGCACGCCGGGGAACUCUACUAGGAAGGCGGGUGAGGUAAUUGUCCCAACGCAGAGAGGCCAUGUUCAAGACAUUGUCAAGGGCAUCAUCGAGGGUGAGACAAGAGUCAUUGUCAGUUCCAUGACCAUGGAGGAAAUUUUCAAAGAGCGGCAGGUAUUUAAACAAAAGGUUAUUGAGAAUGUUCAGAAGGAACUCGACCAGUUCGGCCUUUGCAUCUACAAUGCCAACGUUAAAGAACUCCAAGAUACCCCUGGCUCGGAGUAUUUCGCAUUCCUGUCACGGAAAGCCCAUGAGGGCGCCUCGAACCAAGCACGUAUUGAUGUGGCUGAGGCCCGCAUGCGCGGCGAGAUUGGCGAAGCUGGCAAGAAAGGGCACACCAAACAGGAAAUCUCCAAGAUUGAAGCCGAGACGGCCGUCCUAGAAACCAAACGGAAAGCUGAUAAAGCACAGGCAGACGCUGAGCUCACAAACAAGCAGACCGAUUUGGACAUGGGCAUUCAGAUCGCACAGAUCAGGGCUCGCAGAGCCGCCGAAGCACGCGAUGCAGAGUUGCAGAAAGACGUCGAGAUGAAAAAGGCGGCAACUGAGCUCGAAAGACUUCGUGCGAAGGACCUGGUUAGAGCCCAAAUCUCAAAAGAGACUGCUCAGCAGGAUGCAGAUGCUCAGUUCUACCGUGAAUCCAAAUCUGCCGAUGCCAAAGCAUACGCCGAAAAGCUAGACGCCGAUGCCCAACUCUUCACGCAGCAGCGACAGAUUCAAGCCGCGGUUGAGCGGCAGAUGAAAGAGGCCGAUGCCAUGUAUCAUGCAAAGAUGAAGGAAGCAGAGGCGACCAAAGCACAGGCAGAAGCAUUCAAAUCUCUUGCUGAGGCAUUUGGUGGUCCACAAGGCCUCCUUACGUAUAUGAUGCUUAAGGAGAACACCUAUGAGAAACUGGCUCUUGCUAACGCCAAAGCUGUCCAGGGCUUACAGCCAAAGAUUACCGUCUGGAAUACCGGACCUGAUGGAAGCGGAAGUGGAGCUGAGGCUGCGGGUCUUGCGCCAAUCAAGAAUCUUAUGCAGAGCCUCCCACCACUCUUUAGCACAAUCCAGGAACAAACUGGUAUCACCCCACCAAACUGGAUGCUGCAGAUGCCCAAGGGCGAAGGUGCAGGAUACACAGCGCAACCCACCAAACUCAAUGGUCAAAUGACUACCGACGACAAGCGAAAGCUGGUUAAUACUAAAUAG